AUGGCGUCGCAAGAACCGCAGAUCCACCGCGCCCUGCGUGCCGAUGUCCACGAGAUCUCGGCCAUGAUCCAAGAGCUCGCCGACUUUGAGAAGGAGUCGGCCUCGAACAAGGCCACGCCCGAAAAGUUACUGGAGACCGUCAACUUCGCCGACGACGUGGCGCCCGAGCACAUUCCAGGCUUCCCUCUCACUGCCGCUCCGAGCCGCAAGGUGGCGCAUUGCUUCGUCUUGACCAUCGGGGACAAGGUCGCGGGUAUGGCGCUCUUCUACUACAACUAUAGCACGUGGCUGGCCUCUCCCGGCGUGUACCUCGAAGAUCUCUACGUGCGACCAGAGUUCCGUCGCCGAGGACUGGCCACGCUCCUGUUCGGGGCGUUGGCCGAGGAAACUCAACGCAUCAGCAAUGGCCAAGGGCGACUCGAGUGGGCGUGUCUGCGCUGGAACGAAGGUGCUCUCAAGUUCUACGAGCGCAUCGGCGGCUCUCGCAUGGAAGAAUGGGUCAGCAUCCGCGUCGCCGGGGGCGAGAAGUUGGAGCGCCUGAAACAACUGGCAGACGAGGUUCGAGCCAGCAGCGGCAAGUAA